GGAAAAGAAAAUAAAAAAAAAAGAAGAAAAGAUUUCUCCGUUCCCGAGUGGCCUCGAGAACGGGCAUAAAACGGCCGCAGAAAUUGGGCGAAUCGCAAGCAAGUAUCAGACGUCGUCGUGCGGUAAAGCAACGUCGCCGACGGUACGCCGCAUAAGUACAAGUGAUACAUUGAACGAGGGUAACAUACCUGAGGAACGUUUGACAAAUUUUGAUCGGAAAAAUUUUGAUAAAAUUGAUAAAAAAUCGGCGGAUUGCAACGAUUGCUCGGGGAUUAUCGGUGGAGAUUGUGAGAGGGGCAUAUCGCCGUUGUUAACGGCGACUGAUACACCGAAAAAUCAUCAGAUUAAUACGGAAGUAACCUCGACGGCGCGUGUCGUCCGCGAGGUACAAAGCACAGACAAGACGACCAUCAACAUUGGUGUCGCAAUGAACCACGUUAAUGAACAGGAUAACCUGAAGCAGCUCAAUUUAACACCUGUGCAGGUCAACGAAUUUGAGGAGAUGGACACCCAAGAGGAGGCGCCGAAUGACGGUCGAGGCGAUGGCAGGGGUGAACUACCACCUAUAAAUGGUGAAUUGGAGUUCGAGCUUGCAGGCAUGAACGAAGACAUGCCCGGCUGCGUCAGUCUGGAUCACGAGAUGAACGAGGAUGAGGCGAGAUCCGAGGCGACAUUUCGCUAUACCGUCGAGAAUGUAUCAAAGAUGAAGGACUCACAGCUGUCACCCCCGUGCUAUGUACGUAAUUUACCAUGGAAAAUAAUGGUAAUGCCACGGUCGAGUCAAACCCAAGAGAGGCAGCCCCAGAGAUCCCUUGGAUUUUUCCUCCAGUGUAAUGGUGAGAGUGAAUCAUCAACAUGGAGCUGUUAUGCUGUCGCUGAAUUACGUCUUUUGUCAUGCAAGGAGGGCCAAGAGCCGUUCAGCAGAAAAAUACAACAUCUCUUCUAUAACAAGGAAAAUGACUGGGGAUUCAGUCAUUUCAUGCUGUGGCAGGAUGUCUUGGACCCGGACAAGGGAUACAUCAAAGAUGAUUCGAUAACACUUGAGGUUCACGUUGCAGCGGAUGCUCCACACGGUGUAAGCUGGGACAGCAAAAAGCACACAGGCUUCGUAGGCCUGAAGAAUCAAGGUGCAACAUGCUACAUGAAUUCCCUCCUCCAGACCCUCUACUUCACAAAUCAACUGCGCAAAGCAGUUUACAAAAUGCCAACUGAGAGUGACGACUCAAGCAAGAGUGUCGCACUAGCACUGCAGAGGGUAUUUCACGAGUUACAAUUUUGUGAUAAACCAGUUGGUACAAAAAAAUUGACCAAGAGCUUUGGAUGGGAAACCCUUGACUCAUUUAUGCAGCACGAUGUUCAGGAAUUUUUGCGCGUACUACUUGACAAACUUGAGAGCAAAAUGAAGGGCACUUGUGUUGAGGGUACAGUGCCAAAAUUGUUCGAGGGAAAAAUGUCAUCGUUCAUAAAGUGCAAAAAUAUGGAAUACACGUCGACAAGGGUCGAGACAUUUUACGAUAUACAGUUGAAUAUCAAGGGGAAGAAGAAUAUUUACGAGUCAUUCAAGGAUUAUAUCAGUACUGAGAUACUUGAUGGGGAUAAUAAGUACGAUGCUGGGGAGCAUGGACUUCAGGAGGCUGAGAAGGGAGUGAUCUUUCAAUCUUUCCCGCCUGUUCUGCAUCUUCAUCUCAUGAGAUUUCAGUACGAUCCGGUUACAGACUGUUCCGUGAAAUUCAAUGACAGAUUUGAAUUUUACGAGAAGAUAAGCUUGGGUCCCUAUCUCCAGGUAGAAGAGCCAACUAAUUACACCCUGCACGCAGUGCUUGUGCACAGUGGGGAUAACCAUGGAGGGCACUAUGUUGUCUUCAUCAAUCCUGCUGGGGAUGGGAAGUGGUGCAAAUUUGACGACGACGUGGUAUCAAGAUGUACAAAACAGGAGGCAAUAGAACAUAACUACGGUGGACAGGACGAGGACAUGUCAAUGGCAGUUAAACACUGCACAAAUGCAUACAUGUUGGUCUACAUACGCGACUCUGAGCUACAAAAUGUACUCCAAGAGGUGAAAGAAGAGGAUAUACCUCAAGAGCUGGUGGAGAGGCUACAAGAGGAGAAGAGGCUGGAACAAAUAAGAAGAAAGGAAAGAAACGAGGCAUACUUGUAUAUGACUGUGAACGUACUUCUUGAGGAUAGCUUUGAUGGACACCAGGGGAAUGAUCUCUAUGAUCCUGAACACGCGCAUUAUCGAAUGUUUCGGGUUCGCAAACAGGCGACACUCCAUGAAUUUCUCGAAUUACUCAGCGAGAGUUUGAAAUACCCAAUGGAGCAGAUCAGAGUCUGGCCAUUCAGUGCCAGGACGAACCAGACCUGUAGACCAACCCUAAUCGAGCCCGAGGCUGACCUCCAGAAGACAAUGACAGUGUGCGCCGAGAACGUCAACCCCUGGCACGUGUUCGUCGAGCUAGUUCCCCCAGAUUCCGGCCUGACUGCCCUCCCACCCUUCGACAAGGACACCGAUGUAUUAUUAUUCUUCAAACUUUACGAUCCAAAGAAUAAGAAGAUACAUUACGCUGGGCACCACUACAUGCCAGUGACAGCCAAGGUCCAGGAGCUCAUUCCCAUUCUCAAUGAGAGGGCAGGCUUCGCCCCUGAUACUGAGUUAGCUCUCUACGAGGAGAUCAAGCCCAACAUGGUGGAGAAAAUUGAGAAUCUGACGGAGCCACUGGAGAAGGUGCUGGAGGAGCUUAUGGACGGUGAUAUCAUUGUUUUCCAGAAGGAGGAGAGGGAUCAUGAGAUGUAUGAGCUACCAACGUGUCGUGAUUACUUCAAGGAUCUGUUCUACAGGGUAGAAGUUACGUUCUGCGACAAGACCAUACCAAAUGAUCCUGGAUUCACAAUGGACCUAUCUCUCAGGAUGACGUACGAUCAGAUGGCAAAGGCUGUCGCACAGCGAGUUGGCACUGAUCCUUAUUUAUUACAGUUCUUCAGGUGUCAAAAUUAUAAAGACUUACCAGGCCACCCCUUGAAGUGUACAUUCGACGGUACCCUGAAGGAUCUCGUCGCCUACUGUAAGCCAAAGACAAAGAAAAUAUUCUACCAACAAUUGAGUAUUCGAGUUAACGAACUAGAGAAUAAGAAACAAUUCAAAUGCAUCUGGGUUGGACCAUCAUUGAAAGAGGAGAAGGAGAUUAUUCUGUAUCCAAACAAAAAUGGCACUGUUGCGACACUCCUCGAGGAGGCGAAGAAGCAGGUCGAGUUCUCCGAAAAUGGUUCCGGCAAGUUGAGACUACUCGAGGUUAAUUGCAGUAGACUCGUGCCAGGUCCCAAAGAGGAUACUCCACUCGAAACCCUCAAUACACUUGGCACCAAGGCUUACAGGAUAGAGGAGGUACCAAAGGAUGAGCUGAGCCUCGCCGAGGACGAGAUUCUUGUACCUGUUGCUCAUUUCCAUAAGGACAUUUUCUCCACUUUUGGAAUUCCAUUUAUGUUUAAGAUCAAACAUGGUGAGCCCUUUACCAAGGUCAAGGACAGGUUAUUAAAGAAACUAGGGGUACCAGAGAAAGAAUUCGAAAAGUUUAAGUUCGCGAUCGUGUCAAUGGGCAAAGCGCAGUUUAUCACCGAUGAGACGGAUUACUUCAUAAAUCUCGCUGAUUUCCGAGCCGUUCCCAACCAGAAUGCACCACUGCAGAGGCCUUGGCUGGGUCUAGACCACGUCAACAAAGCCCCAAAGCGUUCCCGAGUUAAUUACCUCGAAAAGGCUAUUAAAAUAUACAAUUAAAUUCUCACCUAAAAACUAAACCGACAAACGAAAACGAAAAAAAAAAUAAGAAUAAAAUCCUCAUGCGGAAGCGAGCAAUUGACCGAGUCAGCCAUCCUUGUUACGUAUGCAGGAACUCUUUGUUAAGUGCAUCGAGGGAGGUCAUGGCACUGUAAGUGGACGACGUGAUACCGCUGUCUCAAAUGAAGAAUCAUUAAAUAGAGUCGAACAACUAAAAUUAAUUUCACGUGAGAAUUCAAUAAAUUCAAAUCGAGAGAACGACAACUGAAAUUUUUUGAGAGUUCACAUGAUCCAAUAAUUAUGCUGAUGAUGGAUACAAAGAGAAUGAAAAAUAAUCGUGAAGUUAUGAAGAACGGUUUUUAACACUGAAGGGCAGCGAAAAAGAAUGAGAAUUUUAUUUUUCCCUCAACUCGAGGGACGAUGAAUUUUUAUUUAUAAAAAGGGCAUCACAUGCAUUGAGAAAAUUCAUUUGGCAUUGAUUUUCUCGGAUUAAUGUGCUUCAACUAAAAAAUGAUAAAUUUUUCCCCUUCACUCGCGAAGAAAUGAAAGGAAAUAAUGAGUAUAUAAAAAUUCCUAGUAUUUUUAAAAAGUUAAAAUGAAACAAAAUAAUGAAAUACUAGCGACGACUUUUGUGACGAAAACAAUUAAUCAAACCAGGCCAGCGCGAUUUGAUAACUCGUCUCGUUAUUCCGGCGUUUCUCCAAUGUGAAAAUAAAUUAUAUGAGAUCUAAGGUUUACCAUAAAACCGUAAAAUGAAUUAAUAAAUGAAAGAAAAAAAGCAAAUGGAGUAAACAAAACUUAAUAUACAACGUAUUAUAAAUGUGUUAUUAUCAAUCAAUCAAUCGUAGAUUAGGUGAUAAUUUAGAGUGGAGUUUUUAGAAUUAACUCUUAAUCGAUCUGAUGAAGUGCAGGGGUAAAAAUUGUGAGGAUUUAUUCAUCUGAACGAAGUGAAAUAAAUGAAGAGAUGGAGAAUUAAGUGGAAAUAUAAAUAAAUGUGCACAGAGGAUUAAAUCCAACGCCGGGUAUCGAGAACGACUGAAUCAUACCUGAAGAAAUAUUCAUUUUGAUUUGGAAAUAAUUAGGCAAAUAAUUACUGGAUGUAUAAACAAUUAAUCAUGGACAAUGUUAUUUUACCUUCUGAAAGUGCAUUUAUCUGGGAAAAUUGUGGACAGCCCCAUCUCUCAAUCGUACAUCAAAUAAAAAUAAUAUUGCACUCAUUUUUUAAUGGCACUCUACUACAAUUAUUAUUUGAAAUUUUUUUUAGGAUUUUAGUUGGAACUUAUGCUGGAACUUUGCGAACACUGAUGAUGUGAAUAUUUGAAGAAAUAUUUCCGAAUUAAAAUGAGUAGUAAUCUCUCAGCAUAAUUAACUAAAGAAUUACUUUCUGUAAUAUAAUAAUGUCACGACUAGGUAUUUAAAAAUUUUUAUGGUUAGAUUGCAUCGCGUUUUUAUCUUAUUUUUGUAUGAUUAAUGUACGCAUGCAUCUUCCUGAAGACUUUUUUCCAUGGAUAUUGUAAUUCCAGGGCCUUCACACUGAGCACCUGUCGUCGAUCAUGAUUUCUAUAUUUUUUUUUCAAUGAAAUUUCUUCAUUUCUCUCUGCCUACUGGAAAAUUCAAUUGAAUCAAGUGAUUGAUGAAAAGAUGAAAAAUUCAGGUAUCCAAAUUUUUUAUUUAUUUUUCGACGGAUCACUCUGUUCAUCACUUGUUUAUAAAAUAAUUGUUUAUAUGAAUUUUUUUAUGAAUUUUUCGUUUAUUAAUUUAUCGACGACGAUGAUUUAUUGAUGAUUCUUUUCACUGGGGGCUGAAGAGAGAGUGAAAAGAACUCGGAAAAUUGCGAUUUUAAUAUCUUAAUAAUGAUUAAUUUUUUUUGAGAGAGAGAAAGUGGUCAUAUAUUUUUUGUUCCUCUUUUGCAGAAAACAUCGCAUAAAUUUAAUAUGUGAAUGGAAAAAUUGUUUAAGUUAUAACUGUAUGAUAUUAAUAAUAAAAUAGAUAACAUUCAGCUAU